AUGGCCGACAGCGAAGUGGCUGGCCUGGCGGGUCCCUGCCUCAUCCCGUACCUCUUGGGGGAAGGAGACGGCAAGGUGGUGACGUGGAAUGCCAGCUGGUUCCUGUCCAUGUUCGAGUCGUUCCUCCAUGGCGAAACUUGCGGCCCUGGAGAAAGACUUCCUUGUCAGCAGGACGGCACAGGGGAACCGAUAGAGUUCGUCGUGAUGCGGAUGUUGACUGUCAACAUGCUUGGCAACCACUUCUUGACACUUCUCCGGAUCUGUCCGAUCAUCCCGGUCUUCGGCACCAUGUAUGCCGCCUUGACCUUCCGGGACAGUCCCAUGGUAGCUCAGGCCCUGAGCCUCAUUUCCAUGGCGCAGCGGGCCGCUCGGGUGCCCUCCGUUUCGAUGGACAUGCUGCAGUGGGGAUAUUCCUGGAUGUCGGUCUUGGCCCAUCAUUGGCCACGCUUGCUCCACGUGGCCCUGGGGGACAUGGGCAACAUGCUCGCUCAGGCGGUCCCUGGAUGUGACCCUAGCCGGGCCUCCUACAUCCACUUCUUCCACCUUUGGACGCAUGCGGACCCGACCACUCCGCUGCUUGACCAGGUGUGCGGCGCCAAUCUCGGGCUGGUGCCAUAUGAGCAAUCUUUGCAAGAUCCCUGGCAACGCGCACUUCAAGGCCCCUUUGCGUCGAGGCCACGCCUGCUUCUCGUCGAUCGGUGGAUCGGUGCGCACUGGGCCGAUGUGGAAGAUGAGCUCAGCUCCCGCGUGGCCACAGGCUACGGCGUGGAUUCCUCGCUGCUUGAUUUGCUGAAUGCACCGUCGUCUUGCAGCAUUGUCCGGGAUCCUGCGCACACCUGCUGUCUCCAGGGCCGCAGGGCCCUGGCAAGCCUUCCAAGCCGAGAGGAUUGUGAAGACUUCUGCUGCGAGCAUAAGGAAUGCUGGGGAUGCGUGCAGAACCACAGCAGUUGGACUGCGCUCCCCUCCUGCUUCUCGCUCCGGAGUCUCUGCUCCAGCUCACAGAAGCUUCCCUCAAGUCCAUGGGGCUACUGGCUGGAGUUUGGUGUCUUUUUCGGUGCUACGCUGCGAAGCACCGCCAUCCACCUGAUGCGGACAGGCUUUGCGCAUCACCCGGUAUACGGCUUCGACUCCUUCCGGGGUCUCGAUGAGGACUGGGGCAGGUUCGACCGCUUCGAAUUCAGCACCUCUGGGAGAAUUCCAAAGUACCUCCCUCCGAACGCAAAGCUGGUUGUCGGGUGGUACAACAAGACAUUGCCCGCCUUCAUCCGGAGCCACCUCCUCAACGGUGGGAAGGUUCAGUGGCUCCACCUCGACUGUGACACCUAUGCUGGCCACCGCCUCGUCCUUUCGCUCUUGUCGCCCUUCCUCAUGCCCGGCUCUGUGCUAAUCUUUGACGACAUUCUCAACUACGCCGGCUACGAGGGCUACGCGUUGCAGGCCUUCUACGAGUUCAUUCAGGAGACCGGUUGGAGUUUCGAGGUCCUUGUGGCACCCUGGCGAGUGGAAUGGUCCAUUUCGAAGAAGACACCGUCCGCACGAAGCUCCCUCCCCUGGUGGCUUUCCCGGAUGCGUGCUUCGGGCGAACAUAGCGGGGUUCCGUGA